AUGGAGGAGAGCAAGCCGUUCUCGUUUCCGUUCUAUUAUCGGCAGCGGGUGGAAAACGGGUGGUUUACAGAGUUGAAAGCUGCGAUCAUGGUGGAUAGAAAAAAGGGGCGGGAGGCCAUGUUGGAGAAGGAUGAGACGCUGGCUCGCCCCGCCGAUAUGGCGUAUGUCUUCUAUCUUCAGGGCAAGCGCGACGACAACAUUGAGGUCAAGUGCGAAUACGCCUGA